GGAAAUAUUCUGCAAUUCGGUUUCCGUUAAUGUUAUUAGAAGCUGAAACACGUACAAUUUUAUUGCGAUCUGCUCAAAAACAGAAAAAUGAACCGAAAAGAAGAUUAUAAUUUAUAUGAGAUCGAGGAGCCAAGUGAUGAUGAUGACGCAGGAAGCAGUUCUGAGGAUGAACUUGACAUUCUUCUCAACGGGACUCCUGAUCAGAAGAAGAAGCUCAUCAGAGAGUAUCUCACCGGUGAGAGUGAAUCCUCCAGCGGAGAUGAGUUUGAGAAAGAGAUGGAGGCGGAGCUGAACACCACCAUGAAGACCAUGGAAAACAGCUGGACCACAUCCUCAACUCAAGGUCAAACUUCUGGAGCCGUUGAUGGAACGUCCACAUCAAACGUACGUCCGCCUCAAGAAUAUGACAGCAUUUACUUUGACUCGGAUGAAGAGCAAGAUGAGAAAGCUGGCAGUUCUCAGGGUAACAGGAGAAAACAGCGCUCCGUACUUACCAAUGACGAGCUUUUUUAUGACCCGGAUGAGGAUGAUCGCGAUCAGGCUUGGGUGGACGCACGAAGAAGAGGAUAUCAAAGGAGGAUGCCCCAGUCAAUGAAGCGAAAAAACAAGACCCAGGGCCUUCCAAGCAGUGAUGCUGUUCUCAACUGUCCUGCCUGUAUGACCACCUUAUGCCUGGAUUGUCAGAGACAUGAGAAAUAUCGGACUCAGUACAGAGCAAUGUUUGUGAUGAACUGUUCUGUCAAUAAAGAGGAAGUAUUGAGAUACAAAACGGCUAAUAAAAGAAAGCAGAAUCGACGCAGGAACAAAGCUCAGCAGGACCCGGCCGCCGCAGGAGCAGAGAUGGAGACGGAUGCCGGCCUGACUGAUGUACGCUUAGCAGGAAUGGAUGAAGAAGAGAUUUAUCACCCCGUCAAGUGUACCGAAUGCUCCACUGAAGUGGCUGUGUAUGAUAAAGAUGAGGUGUACCAUUUCUUCAAUAUCUUGGCAAGCUACAGCUAAGGACAUUUCUUGGACUAUUGGAAACCCAAACCAUGUUAUUUGGUCGGUCUGAUGUGGUACACACUACCAUGAAAUUACCAACUUUACUGUAAAAAGCAUAUAAUGCGAAAGAUGGCUAUAGAUUUAUAUUCUGCUGUUCAUUUUAAUUGCUUGAUUUAAUCUUUUACAUUCCACUCAUUUUUUCAUGAACAGUGUUGUUUAGCCUCAUUUGAGUGUUUUUUUUUUUGUUGUUGUUGCUUUUAUUAAAUUAUAUUUUCAUACCAGGUGAGGGCACAUACGUAAAUUACAUGUGACAUAUUUAGUGCUGUAUAAAGCUUAAGUCAUCAUCAUAAAGUGCUCCUAACAUUACUUGUGUCAUGUAAAUAAAUGUAAUUUUGUACUAAUUUUACAUGGAUUUGUUUUUAAAUCCUCUCAAACUGUGUGCAGAUAUUAAAAUCGUAACCUGUUGAGAUUCCCUGGCAACGUUUUCUUGUUUUAUGGGCGGGACUUUUAUUUUGUUUCUAAACGCACCAAUCGGCGCUUUCAGGUGUUCGACCGGAAGGGAGCGGCGAGAUUAACACGAGCACAGUGAAAAUAUGGCGUUUGGUGAUGCCUGGAAACAACUAUCUUGGUUUUAUUACCAAUAUCUACUCGUAACAGCGCUGUAUAUGUUGGAGCCGUGGGAGAGGACCAUCUUCAAUUCUCUUCUCAUCACAGUGGCAGCAAUGGCAGUGUACACUGGUUAUGUGUUCAUGCCCCAGCACAUAAUGGCUAUAUUACACUAUUUUGAAGUAGUCCAGUCACAGUGACGUCAUCUCCAGUAAUCAUCAGAAAGCUCGCGAGCUCCCCCUGGUGGCCAUAAUAAAAAGGAACUGUUCUGGAACUAUUUACCAGCUGACCUGUGAUCAGUGUGCGCAAGGACGGAUUGAUGAUGAGUGAGAAGGCAUGUCUCAUACAGUCUUAUCAUUUGUGUGGCUAUGUAGUCCCACAUAAGUGCAAAAUCCUGUAAUUGCAGUAGCACACACUGCCCUGUCUUUUUAUAUGUACUACAACUUUUUGUUUUUAAUGAUCCUUUUCCUUCGUGGCAGCGGUAUAUUCAGAUGAUAAAUAUUUUUUGAUAUGAAUGUGUAUAUUUAAUUGUAUACAUAUUUGUAAAGUUUGUAUAGAGUUUAUUUUUGCUGACCUAAAUGAUUUGGUUCGCUAUAGUGGUUAUGAUGAAUUGUUGAUACUGUUUUUGUCAUGACCAGCACAAUAUUUAUUAUCUCACCUUUGUGAGUCACGCAGUACAUAAUUAUCUGAACUGAUGUGUGAUGUCCAUCAGUGCUUAUAAGUAAGAUGGGUCAUACAUCAGAAUCAGCCUAUGUGACGGUAAAUCAGAAGACUGUUUGGUUAACGUUGUAUUCAUGUCAUUGUUGGUUUCUCCCCAAAAAGUAGGCACAGUGUUUCAUGCAUAGCAAUUAUCAUCAGAUGAAUAAUUUGAUGAUAAUGUAGUGAUGCUUAUUCAAUGCCCAGACUUUUUUAUCUGUCCGUUUUGGUGCCUAUGGCGAAAGUAUAAUGCCUUUGAGUGUAAACUUCUGUUUUAAAUCUACUUUAAGUUGUUGAAGUUAACAUACUGUAAAUAACAGACGCUAAGACUAAAAAAUAAAAAUUGUAUGAUGUGUUGAAUCUUUAAAA